UGCAGGUCCGCCAUAUUGUCUGCCGAAGCUGCCGCUGAAGCUACCGCUGCGGCCGCCGCCAAGUCUGAGCGAGCGGAGCCGCGAUGGAGACCAUGGCAAGCCCAGGGAAAGACAAUUAUCGAAUGAAGAGCUAUAAGAACAAUGCCUUAAACCCUGAGGAAAUGAGACGAAGAAGGGAGGAAGAGGGCAUUCAGCUUCGGAAACAGAAGCGGGAGCAGCAACUUUUUAAACGGAGAAAUGUGGAGCUGAUUAAUGAAGAAGCUGCCAUGUUUGACAGUCUGCUGAUGGAUUCCUACGUGAGCUCCACAACUGGGGAGAGUGUGAUCACAAGGGAAAUGGUGGAGAUGCUCUUUUCUGACGAUUCUGACUUACAGUUAGCAACCACACAGAAAUUCCGGAAACUCCUUUCCAAAGAGCCAAGUCCUCCAAUAGAUGAAGUUAUUAACACUCCAGGAGUAGUUGAUCGGUUUGUGGAGUUUCUGAAGAGGAGUGAGAAUUGUACAUUACAGUUUGAAGCUGCCUGGGCUCUAACAAACAUUGCCUCUGGAACCUCUCAGCAGACCAAAAUUGUCAUUGAAGCAGGAGCUGUCCCCAUUUUUAUAGAGCUGCUUAACUCAGACUUUGAAGAUGUACAAGAACAGGCAGUCUGGGCUCUUGGAAACAUAGCUGGAGACAGUUCAGUCUGCAGAGACUAUGUCUUGAAUUGUUCCAUCCUUAAUCCUCUGUUAACACUCCUUACUAAGUCCACACGACUGACGAUGACACGGAAUGCAGUCUGGGCCCUGUCAAACCUCUGCCGAGGGAAGAACCCUCCUCCAGAGUUCGCAAAGGUCUCUCCUUGUUUGCCUGUAUUGUCUCGCCUACUCUUCAGCAGCGACUCAGACUUGCUGGCAGAUGCUUGCUGGGCCCUCUCUUACCUGUCUGAUGGUCCUAAUGAGAAGAUCCAGGCAGUCAUAGACUCUGGAGUCUGCCGGAGAUUGGUAGAGCUUCUGAUGCACAACGAUUACAAAGUGGCGUCUCCUGCCUUGAGAGCUGUGGGUAAUAUUGUCACUGGGGAUGACAUCCAGACCCAGGUCAUUCUUAACUGUUCAGCCCUCCCUUGCCUCCUCCACCUGCUGAGCAGCUCUAAGGAAUCAAUCCGGAAGGAAGCUUGCUGGACCAUUUCAAACAUCACUGCUGGCAACAGGGCUCAAAUACAGGCUGUCAUAGAUGCAAAUAUCUUCCCUGUAUUGAUCGAAAUCCUUCAGAAAGCAGAGUUCCGUACGAGGAAAGAAGCAGCAUGGGCCAUCACCAAUGCAACCUCAGGAGGAACCCCUGAGCAGAUCAGGUACUUGGUAUCACUGGGCUGCAUUAAACCCCUGUGUGACUUGCUGACUGUAAUGGAUUCAAAAAUUGUGCAAGUGGCCCUCAAUGGACUAGAGAACAUUCUGCGGCUCGGAGAGCAAGAGGGCAAGCGCAGUGGCUCAGGGGUCAAUCCCUACUGUGGCCUCAUCGAGGAAGCCUAUGGCUUGGAUAAGAUUGAGUUUCUCCAGAGCCAUGAGAACCAGGAGAUCUACCAGAAGGCCUUUGACCUCAUCGAGCACUACUUUGGUGUAGAGGAUGACGACAGCAGCCUGGCCCCUCAGGUGGACGAGACUCAGCAGCAGUUCAUCUUCCAGCAGCCCGAGGCCCCCAUGGAGGGCUUCCAGCUAUAAUGUCCGCCUCCGGGGAGGGGGCAGGGCACGGCAUGCACCAGCAGCCAGCAGAGGAGCAGCCUUCUGGUGGGCAGGAGAACAGGCCCCACCAGCCCCGCACACCUGCUGCCCUGGACACUGUGUUCGUGACCUGCUCACCCCUUCCCUGGAGGAGGGAGUGCCCUCGGGACAGACAGAACCAUCGGAGGCUCACAGUGGGUUUGUGACAAGAAGGGGACGUGCGGGUCUAUCUUCCUUACACUUUAUUUUGGCUGCACACAUGUCUUUAACCCAGGAGCCCAGGGGUAGACAAAGGAGGACUGAGGUAAUCAAUUUGCACCUUUAAAUUUUUUUCUUUUAUUUUCUUUAGUGGUGACUUCCUUCCCAGUUAUCUUUCUUCAUCCAUCCCAGUCCUCUGCCCUGACGUGUGUAACUCUUGGGUACUUGAGCAGAUGGAAUAUUCCAGAGGUGGGAGGUGGGAGGGGAGGGGAGAAGUCCGAAACAAAGUGUUCUUGCUCUGACCGAAUAUUAAUCUUGUAUGCUUGGAUUAUUUAAUUUUUUCUUUUGCACAUUUUUCUUGUAUUAAGGUUGUUCUUCCCAAAAAGCUGGAUUUGAGGAUCCAGCUGCCAGCAUUGUCUGGAAAUAGAGGCUAAUAGGGAGGCCCUGUGAGACAAAGGCCCUCCCUGCUCUGACCUGAUGCCUAAGACCUCUUUAGUCUGGGAGGAUCUCCCUCGCUCUCCUGGAGCAAGUAUACCAGUGGAGUGGAAGGGAGGAGCGCCGGCCUUUAGACAGGGCUUCUCCUGUGUAGCUCCUGACCCUGUUUCCUACCCACCUCCCGAAUGGUGCGACCCAACUUCAUUUGUUUACUUGAAAAUUCACCUCAGAGUUGAAUGAACCUCUGAGGUGGCUGUGUUUUCUCCUGAGCUUGAGAUGGGGGGCUGUGGUCCUUCCUUCUCCUGAGGAGAAAGUCCUGCUCUGAUGACCCAUAAGUUGCAGAGGAGGUUGGAGUUAGUGUCGUGUAUUGGGAUAGUCAUGAAUCCCUGCCUUUGGCCUUUCUUCUUCCUUCUGCCAUAGUUGGAUCAUGUAUAUUUUACUUCCAAAGGAGAGAAUGUCAAAAACUUCUGUAUUUUUUUUAAUAGUCUGUAUUUUUAAGUAGGUCAGUCUUCAUUGGUCUUAGAAGGACAAACUGGAUGUGAGUGGGAUACUGUGAGGAGGACCAGAAAGAGACGUAGAACUUUCUGCUCAGAGGACUGAACUCGGUCCUUAUUUUCUCUUAUAUUCUGGGCCACCACUUGGGACCAACUCUUACUUCUGGAACCUUUAUGAAGUAAAUCAGCUGGGUCUGAUUGUCCAAACCUGAAGGGAACUGGGAGGGCCUCAAGGCCCAUUGAAGUCAGCUGCUCUGUUCCUUGCUCCCAAGCAGAAAGCAGCCUGCCUUCUCUGACUCAGUGUCAGCACCGUUACCCACAGUAAGUCCUGACUGCUGCCUCUGUACCAGAGAACCCUGUCAGCAUCUCCCUUCUGAGGAUCCUUGUACCUGGCUUGCAUUUCCUCUUGUUAUACAGAUGCCCCACCACCACCACCACCCUCUCUCUGGGUAAAGGCAGUUCAGUGCCUCAGAGGCUGCUGCCUGUGUCUUAAGGGGUUACACAGUACACUAAGACGGAGCUCUGAGCUGGGAGGGGGUGUGUUGUGAGCACCUGCAGAGGUGGCAGCACAGUGCCCCACUGUGGUGACCCCCACCUCCCCUUACUUCUUUCUUUCUCUAGAAAAGCGUUGUUCGUACUCCUGUUCCCACAGAUCUAUCUCUCUGUGCCCUGCACUUGGAGAUCCAAAGUUCAGGUUCUUGCUGCUGGCCUCAGCCUUGCCAUCCACCAUCUCUCCUUUAGUUCUGCAUUCCUGCUCCAGAGCCCUCUAAGAAAACUAGUUUGGGGCUGGCAGUUGAUACUGAAAAAUGCAACUAACAUUGGACAUUGGCGAGUGCCUUCUGGGAAGGCAAGGAACUGGGCCUUUUUUCACCUGGCUGAAACUGCUCCUUGUUCAAAGAAAAGUCCUCUAUGACGCCAUCAUCGCCCUUAUCUGAAGAGUAGACACUGAACAUCUCAAGUGACAGUUAGGACCCUGGCUCUGGAGCCAGAUUCUCAGCAUGAGACACAAAUGGCCUGCUCUUGCUUUCCUUUGCCCUUUCUCCAGUAUCUCUGGCUUCCCAUGGAAGAGGCUGCCCUAGGUGUUCCACACCCAGAUCAUCUUUACUGACUGACAGUCUGCUCCUGGCACAGACUGGCUUCAGUUUCCAGCUCUCCCCGUGACUACAGCCCAUGAUGUUGGUUGCAGCCUUUUGGUGUAACCAUAUGAGUUCCACCCUGCCUGGCACCAUGCUUACUUGGGUCUGUGGACACGAGUGCUUCUGGGACACAGGUAUUGAUAGCCUGUUUUUGGAGACCUUUACCUGGGACCUUGUAUCUCCUGCUGCUUCCCUCUGCACCUGGGAAUCAUCCCCAGGAGCCUGUGUCCUGAAGCUGCUGUUGUAUUUAGCUGAGGGAGAGGAAAAGGUUCUUCUGCAUGGCGUUUCUUUCUCUAAAACCAAGCCAAUAAAAAGACACACUUCCCACAUGGAGGAAGUGUGUUUCUACUACUGUCUGCCUGCAAACCUAGCUGCUCACUCUCACAGCUCUGCCUGUCCUGGAGGCCUCUGUUCUUUCUGUGCAGACCUCAGCUGUUCUCUUCAAGGCUCACUCAUUUUUGGUAUCCAUCCUCUUGGGUAUUCUUCAGGCUUAGAUUCUAACUUCUUAAAGGCAAGAAAUGAGCUUCUCCAGGUCCCUGCAGACCCAGGAGCGAGCUAGGAUGGUGGCAAGCUUCCCUCGCAGAUUGGGGAAGUGUGCAAGGCCAAGUGCUCCAAACCAUAGGAGAGUCUGAGCAGUGGCGCUUCCUGAGAGGUAGUAAGGGACGACUUCUGGCACAUUCUAGACCAACCUCAACCAGUAUUUUUUUUUUUUUUCUGUUUUACCUUUUGUAUUCUGUUGUUAAGCCAACAAACUGAGAAUUUGCCCCCCUCAGGAUCCAUGUGGUGGAUACUAGCUGCUCUUUGGCCAAAGGCCUUCAUAGCUGAUUGAAUCUCCCAGUCUGUCCUCCAGUCCCACCCCAGAAUAAGACAUGUAUGGCAAGGGAAGAAUCAAAGGUCAACUCCAAACAAAUCUGAAUGAAACUUACUUUCCUUUUGAGAGAGCAUCUUGUUUGAAGCCUGAACUAUGUGCAGGACCAAAGCUGGCUGUGAGAAAAGCAGCCAGAAACUGGGGAGCCCAAUUCCCAGAGGGCAGAUGCUCUCGUGAUAUGUUUUCAAGGGCCCGGGCUUACCUCCCUGCUUCUAGGCCAGCCUGACUUCUGAUGCUCACACUAGCACAUGCUGGUGACGCCCAUUAGCCCUGCGCUCCUGUGGCACUGAUUUUAAGGUUUCAGUUCAGAGAAACAAUAUAGCAUGUGCAGGGAGCUGUGAAGGAAGACUGAGAUUGCCUGGAAACCUGUCAGGGGUUCCCACCAUGAACCCUCAGAAGCUGCACGUGGGCAUUGGCUUUGUUAGCCAGCUUUUUGGGGAAUCUUCUUUUGACCUAUUACAUAAUGAAGUGGGCCUGAGGCCUCAGUGACCAGCAUGUGGAACGUCGCCCACAGACAGCCUGGGUUUCCAGGUAAGAACCCUAGGAAGAUGAUUCGAAUCCUCACAGGUUUUGCUUUCCAAAUUCAUUUGCUUUUAUUUUUCUAAGAACUGUAAACUCUAUUUUUUCAUGUUCUCAGGGCCCCUGGGUAGACAAACCAAGCUUGAUCUCAGAGCAGAAAUAGGCCAAGAGACCAUGGCACUGAGUGUGCUCAGUCCAGACAAAUGAUAUUUAUAUACCAUCCAAAUUUGAAGAGAAAAUGUAUUUCUUUAGGUUUCAAACACUGUAAUAGAUACAAGCAAAAAUAAAAACCUGUUGCAAAGUUC